CCCUGUGAACUUGGACCUAUGACGUUAUGUGGGGCAAAGCGGCAUUAAAUACUCGUUUUCUCACACUUGUGUUUCCUCCCCCCCAAAAUCAAAACUCUCCCACAGACCACGACCAACCAGUCACCAGUCACCAGUCAUGCUGUUAGCACGCAGGUCUGCCGUCCGGUUCUGUUCCCAGUUCUCCCCCCGUCUCGCCGCUGCCAUCCAUACUACCCGCGUUGCGCGGACGGAGGAGGGCCACAACUCGGAUUCAUACGCCAAAGACGUGGACUUUACUCCGCCGUCCGAUCCGAAGAUAUAUAGGAUUGAUCCUGAUGCGCAUAGUGCGCAGAAGCCGUAUGAGCCGCCGUCGAGCCAGUGGAGUGAAGUGGGUGCGAAGAGCGCGCUGGAGCUGGGGUAUAACAAGACGAUGAUGAUGAGCAAGGAGGAGGAGGAGGAGGAGGAGUCACAUAAGCUGCCUGGUGCCGUGCCGGAAGUGAAGGAGGGCGAGGGGUUUGCGAGUGCUCCUGGAGCAGAGAAGAAAGGAAAAAUAGCCUGAGCCCGGGAUUGGGAUUGGGAUUUGGUUCUGGUUCUCGGUGAGUUUUAUUCAAUUCCCAA